AUGUUAUUUUUAUCAAGUGAUGCUCUUGGACGACGAGCAUACACGACGGGUAUCGCUGAUAUUGUUCGCGUCGCGUUCAAACGUGGUUUUAGUCGUUUUCUCCAUCAGCAAACAUCGUACGAUUCCGAUGUGUUUCGCUACACUCAAGCAUCACAACGCGGUUACGGCGGAUUAUUUGCUGGUGAAUCAUGUCGAUUAUCAGCAACAAUCUGUUCGCAUGAUGAACAAUGUUGUUCAGGACGAUGUUUGUGUCGUCGAUGGACAACUAUGGGUGAAGAAAGAUGCGUGAGGAAAUGUUUUUAA